GGGACGACAUAGAAAACCACCUACGUAGGUACCUACCAUAACCGCCUUUUGCUGCAGCGCUGGUGUCAACACACUUGGCUCGGGCUCAACGCACCAGCUCAACGUACCUCUGUCGACAACGCGGGCAGAGCAAAAAUCGACAACACACACACACCCACGCACGAAAAUCCCGCCGUCGCUGAUCCCCUUUCCAAUACCCUACCCAACCCACCACAGGGCUCCGAACACCAAUCCUCGAAAAGCCACAACCCACUCCUCCCCCCAAGGCAAACAAAAACAGGGGCACCCACCAUGUCCAACACCGAUUUCCUCGGUCGGGCCAUCGAGCAGGUGCGCAAGGCCAUCGAGGCCGACAACGAUGCGCAGUACGAGCGGGCGUACCAGAUGUACUACCAGUCGCUCGAGCUGUUCAUGCUGGCGCUCAAGUGGGAGAAGAACCCCAAGUCCAAGGAGAUGAUCCGGGCCAAGACGGGCGAGUACAUGGACCGGGCCGAGAAGCUCAAGGCGCACCUCGCCGACGCCGAGGGCAAGCGUAAGAAGCCCGGCAUGCUGGGCGCUAACGGCAGCUCCACCGGCGGCGCGGGCAAGGGCGAGGACGGUGCAGGAGGGCCGGGGGCUGGCGGCGGAGAGCCGAUAGACGAGGACAGUAAGAAGCUCAGGAACGCUCUCGCGGGUGCCAUCCUGCAGGACAGGCCCGACGUCAAGUGGGACGACGUCGCCGGCCUCGAGGGCGCCAAGGAGGCCCUCAAGGAGGCCGUGCUGCUGCCCAUCAAGUUCCCGCACCUGUUUGUUGGGAAGAGGCAGCCGUGGAAGGGGAUCUUGCUGUACGGUCCGCCGGGGACGGGAAAGAGUUUUCUGGCCAAGGCGGUGGCUACGGAGGCUAAGAGCACGUUCUUCAGCGUCAGCAGUUCGGACUUGGUCAGCAAGUGGAUGGGCGAGAGUGAAAGGUUAGUCAAGCAGCUCUUCGCCAUGGCGCGCGAAAACAAGCCCUCCAUCAUCUUCAUCGACGAGGUCGACGCGCUCUGUGGGCCGCGGGGCGAGGGCGAGUCGGAGGCGUCGCGGAGGAUAAAGACGGAGAUGCUGGUGCAGAUGGACGGCGUGGGCAAGGACAGCAAGGGCGUGCUCGUCCUGGGCGCCACAAACAUCCCCUGGCAGCUCGACGCCGCCAUCCGCCGCCGCUUCCAGCGCCGCGUGCACAUCAGCCUGCCCGACCUGGCCGCCCGCACCACCAUGUUCAAGCUCGCCAUCGGCGACACCCCGACCGCCCUCAAAUCGGAGGACUUCCGCGAGCUGGCCUUGUCGGCCGAGGGCUACUCGGGCUCCGACAUCAGCAUCGCCGUGCAGGACGCGCUCAUGCAGCCCGUCCGGAAGAUCCAGCAGGCGACACACUUCAAGAAGGUCACCGUCGACGGCGUCCCCAGGGUCACGCCCUGCUCGCCCGGCGACCCGGACGCGGAGGAGAUGACGUGGGAGAAGGUCCCGUCGGCCGAGCUGCUGGAGCCGCAGGUCGAGAAGAAGGACUUCAUCAAGGCCAUCAAGGCGAGCCGGCCGACCGUCUCCGACGUCGACCUCAAGCGCAACGAGGAGUGGACCCGCGAGUUCGGAAGCGAGGGUGCGUGAAGUGGGCCCCCGCCCUGGUGUUUUAUUUUCACUUUUAUUUUUAUUCUACUUUUUGAGCCAAGAUGUUGUGGGAAUGGGGGACAAGGGAAAGGGGGCGGCAUUGGCAGGAUUUAGGCGUCUUGCGGCGUUUUGACAAAAGCCGGCUCAGCUUUCAGCAUUGGUGGCUACGAUAACUAGCUACCUACGUUACUUCAAUGGGCAACAAGAUAUCGAUGCCUGAUAUAUACUGUACACCUGGCAAGCGAGGAGGCCUGCCUUCGCACAAUGAUAUAAACGAAGAAGUGACGAUGUUGCGAACAUUGACUUGCUUGCACCCCCCUGGGAAACGUAUCCGAGCUGUUACACACAAGACAUCACGGUUCAUUUUGUACGAUCUAACCUGUUUAUUCCAUCUCAAUCUUGUAG